AUGGGGACACCCCGAUCCCGCACCACCGCAUCGUCAUCCGCGGCGGCGGCGUCGUCGUCGUCCAGCGCACGCAGCUCUGGCGUCGAGUGCAUCGUCGCGGGCGUCGUGUCGGGCUGCGUCACGCGCUCGUGCACGUCGCCGCUGGACGUGCUUAAGAUCGUGAUCCAAGUGAAGGGACCGGCCGCGUCGCCGCCACGUGCCACUCCACGUGCGCUCGUCGCCAGUCGCGCACUCGCGUCGCAGUCGUCGUCGACGUCGUCGGCCAUUGCGCGCACAGUGCGCGAACUGUACGCGCUCGACGGCGUGCGCGCCUUCUGGCGCGGCAACAGCGCCGGGUGCUGCCGUCUCGGGCCGUACGCGGGUCUGAAGUUCUAUCUCUUUGACUCGCUCCAGAGCCGUUUUGCGGCCAAGGACGGCCACGGACUUAGUAACCUGCAACGUGCCCUGUGCGGCGCGGUUGCUGGUCUUGUGGCUACGAUGGGCACGUACCCCCUGGAGGUCGUGCGUACCCGCAUGAUCCUGCAGCCUGGAGCGCCAACAGCUGCGACGCACGAGAUCCGUGGGGUACUGCAGGGCGUGCAGCUGAUUCUACAACGCGAGGGACUGCGUGGCCUCUACCGCGGCGGGUGGUCGGGCGUCGCGGGUGCCAUUCCGUUCGAAGGCGUGCAGUUUGGCUGCUACGAGUACCUGAAAGCGAGUGCCGUUCACCACCAGUGGCCCGCGUACCGGUGGCCAGAGGGAAAGACCGAGAUGGACGGUCUUGACUUUUUCGUGUGUGGCAGUGUCUCGGGAGCGAUCGCACAGACAGUGGCGUACCCGUUCGACACGGUCAAGAAGCGGCUGCAGUCGCAGCAAGUGCACGUGGCUGGAGAAGCAGGCAGCGCGUCCACGCUGUACUACCGUGGAAUGGUCGACUGCUUCCGCAAAGUCAUUCGUGACGAGGGGCCUCUGGCGCUGUACCGCGGCACGGGCCCGAACCUCGCGCGCAUUGUGCCGUACGCUGCCGUCAUGUUUUCGACGUACGAGACCACGAAGAAGACGCUGCGGAUCAUGAGUGACCGCGCGUAA